UUGAAAGAGAUUGAGGUGGAGUUUGCCGAUUUGAGAGACAAACUAUACCAGGAUAAACUCUCUCAGUUAACGUAUGAAAUGGAGUUAUGUGCUUCAGGCCAGCAUCCGGAAUUAAUCAAGAUCUUUGCCAAAAUCAACGAACACUACGAGUCCAAGUUGCGUUCUAGCAAGUUCAACUUGACGUACAAACUCGAGUGCGUCGACAACCAGACCAGAGCUGGGCGGAUUCAGUUGCACCAGCAGUUUUUAAAGGACCAGGCCGACUUGAAGUUGAACUUGUUAAACGAAACAACUAAGGAGUGGUACAAGGUCAACCGUGAGAGACGUCUUUUGGAUAACUUGGUUCCAGAAUACAGCUACCAAGUG